CUUCCUUUCGUCUUGUAACAACCAUGGAGGAAACCUCAACCCCUUCCCCAGCUCCAGCUCCAGCUCCAGCUCCGGCUCCGGCUACAGCUUCAUGUUGGAGCAGCGUAGUGAAAUCCCAAGCAGCACCUAAGCCCCAAAAUCCUACCCCUGAGGCCACUGUCGGCGUCUUCGCUCAAACCUGCAACUCUACCAAAGGCAUUGCGGUGGCUGUAGUCGACGCCAACGCCAUCAUCCAAGGCGGAGAGAAGCUUUCCCAAUGUGCCGACAAGUUCGUUUCCGUUCCGGAGGUCAUGGACGAGGUCCGCGACCCCGUCUCCCGCCACCGACUCUCUGUAGUCCCAUUCUCCGUCCAGUCCUUGGAACCUACCCCCGAAUCUCUCAGCAGAGUGAUUAAGUUUGCGAGAGCGACCGGAGAUUUACAGACAUUAUCAGAUGUGGAUAUCAAGCUCAUUGCCCUGACUUAUACUUUGGAGGCUCAAAUUCAUGGUACAAGUCAUCUUAGGGAAUGUCCUCCAGCUAUUCAUACUGUUAAUGUGAAGAGAUUGCCUGAGAAGGAAUUGCCUGGUUGGGGUUCCAAUGUCCCCAAUUUGGAAGAAUGGGAAGCUUUGGAACACCAAGGCGAAGAUAUAUCGAAUGACAAUUCAAGAAUCCUGCCCUUGAAAGAUUUGAACUUGAAUGUGAUUUCUGAUACUGGUUCUGAGCAUCAGCAGGAGGAUGAUGAAGAAACUGAUGGGAGACCAAAAAGAUUAUAUCCUCCUAAGAAAAAGGAGAUAAACAUUGAAGGGAAAAAGAUGGUGGUUGAUGGAAUAGAUGCGUCUCAGGGAGAGUUUGGCGAAGAUGCUGGUGACUGGAUGCCUGCUGUCAGUCGAAGCACUCAUAGAAGAUUUCUGAGAAGAAAAGCUAGAUGGGAGCAUUAUGAAGCAUUAUCUGAAAAAGAUAAGAUUUCUGAAAAGAAUGAGAUAAUUGGAGAGAACAAUGGUGGCCAAGAGAAUGGUGUAAAAGAGGGGGAGAAUGGUGAUAAAGAGGGUGACAUACAAGAGGGACAGAAUGAUGAAGAAAGCCUCUCUACAAUCCUGGACCAGAUGAGGUUGGAAGGAGAUUCAGCAAAUGCACUUCAAGAUGGGAACGAAAGCGCUGAAAGAGAUAGUGAAGAGCUUGACCAUUUAGAGCUCUCAAGUGAGAUCAGUGAUAGUGUUGAUGCCUCAAAUGCUGGGGAUGGUGAUAGCAGUGAGCAGAGCUGGACACUCAGAUCCUUGUCCGAGUCCAGUGUUGCUUGUAUAACUAGUGACUUUGCUAUGCAAAAUGUUAUUCUGCAGAUGGGUUUACGCUUGCUGGCACCAGGUGGAAUGCAAAUCCGCCAGCUUCAAAGGUGGGUUUUAAGGUGUCAUGCCUGCUAUACAGUGACUGCUGAGAUAGGGAGAAUUUUCUGUCCCAAGUGUGGAAAUGGUGGCACUUUACGCAAAGUAGCUGUUACAGUUGGUGAGAAUGGAAUUGUUUUGGCAGCUCGACGUCCUCGUAUUAUACUGCGUGGCACGAAAUUCUCACUGCCAUUACCUCAAGGUGGAAGGGACGCUGUUACUAAGAACCUCAUCUUGCGUGAAGAUCAACUACCCCAUAAGAUGCUAUAUCCAAAGGCAAAGAAGAAAGCAGCAGCUAAAGAGGGAGAUGACCUCUUCAUCUCAAGCGACAUCUUCAGCCAACACCAUAGUGAUAAAAGAGCUCCUUUUCAGCCUCCAGUGAGGAAGGCAUUAGCUGCUUUCAGUGGCAAGAGAAACCCUAAUGAUAAUCAUUACUCUCGUUCCAAGCACUAGUAAAUAAUGGGAUUUGGCUCAUCUUCAUAAAUUUUUAUAUUCCUUAAAUUGUUUUGAUAUUUGAAAGUCAUGUUGCCAAGAAGUGGUCAAAUUUUGUUGAGUGCAUUCUAAUUCUCCCUUUUAUAAUAUUAUUUAUACUUUUGUCUA